GCACGGUGUCUGAACGUUUGAACUGCUCCCAGUUCUCCAAAUUGUUUACGAGAGGCUUUGUUGUGGUCACCGCCGGUCACUCUUUGAUCGGGAGAGGCAAUUUUGAGCUUGUUCGACGCGUCCACUGCGAGCUAAUUAGUUACAAGUACGCCCGGACACACGGGAACCAAUCAGAGUCAGCUAAAUAUGAUACGGUACUUGUGCUCGAGUACCUUUCCGUUGCCAGAUUAUGAAAGUCACUCCCCUUUUCCGCUCCUCUCGCUAACACACCACCCGUCCGUUCCUUUUUCCAUUUCUUCUUCCACUUCAUUCUUUUUCCCCCUCCCUGCCCCUGAGUCCUGACCUUAUCGACCAGAUUUGUUUGCAGUCUUUGCAUGCUUGCACAAUGGGCGAAGGUCGUGAAGUUGACAGUCCCGUCACGGAAGCUCCUACUGAUGGAGAUGUGAAUGAGGUGGGUGAGAUGGUCAGUGAGGUUGAAGAGGGGGAAUCACCUCGGCCUGCUACUACUUCUCCCAUCCUUGCUACUGCUGUUCCUGCUCUUGCAGGUUUCCCCCAACGCACAUUGUCUUCUAGGCUACCAAGGCCACGGAAAGUAUCACCGAAUAUUCCACCUCCAAUCACUAUUGGUUCCUUGAGACACGCCGUUUCCAAGGAAAUCUUGCCAUCAGCAAGGACUUCCAAGGUUCCCCCUCCCAGAGGACCCCCCGCUAUUCCCAAGCGAGGUCAGGUAGCCGGUGGUGCCGCAGGUGCGUUGUACCGAUCAUCUAGAAAAUCCAAUUCCAUCUGAUGUUGUUUUUGGCCUAUAGUCAGUCCAACAGAUCCGCCGGGUUCUCCGGUAAUCAGAACUCCAAGGAGAUCCAAUUUUGGUGCACCCGAUCAUGCCUCACAUACAGCAGCAUCUCUUGCAAAAAGGGCUUCGGUACCCUCUCUUAACAGAAAGCCGUCAGCCCCGUCACUUUCAAGAAAAGCUUCUUCAUCCCAGCUACAACACUCUACUGUCUUGACGCCGCCUGGAAGGAGAACCUCAGAUAUCAAUGGAAACGUAGCACCGCGACUGGCUAGGAAGCCCUCGGCUUCCCAACUUACUAUCUCAAAACGGCCUUCUAAUUCCCAGCUAGCUAAAAAGCCAUCAGUGACGCAGCUAAAUACCCUAGCAGCCGCUGCCUCGCCGAGCCCUACGCCAUUCCGACGUGCAGCAUCAACACAUCUGCCGUCUCAGCAGUCUCCGACAGUAGCUAAAAUUCCUAACCGUCCGUCGUUGUCCCAACUCCGCCAGGCUUCGGCUGGGAGUAACGGAGCUCCAGCCCCACAGUUGCAGAAGAACCAGAAGCCAGCUACACCAUAUGCACCUGGACCAGAAUCCCCUCCUCCGAAAAAAGCCCCUAGAGCCGCAUCCCAAUCUCUCCGGGAUACAAUCGCCAAAGCUCGGGCUGCUCAUCGCGCGAUGUCAAACACGGCCAAGCCUUCAGCCUCUCUUGUCAAUCCUGUGACUGCUGGAGCUACUAAUAACGACUUGAACGGGUUUAAUUUUUCGAGCGAAGACCCUUUCAAUCAAGCCAUAUUUGGUGAGGGUGGGUCUGCCAAGGUCCUGAAACAACGGAUCAAGACAGCCAGAGUUGAAGGCCGUCUCAACAUUUCGAAUCUCCAACUCGGCGAGAUCCCGGGUGAUGUUUAUAAAAUGUAUGAGACUGCGGAGGAGGAUUUAGCGUCCAAUGAAACCAACGAUGGCCCAAAGUGGUAUGAAAGCGUGGAUUUAGUCCGAUUUGUGGGCGCGGACAAUGAGAUUGAAACAAUAAGUGAAGAUUUGGUAAGGCAGUUUGGAGGGUUGGCUAGUAUUGAUGUACGUGGAAAACAUCCGCCUACCGGCACUUCCCUUUAAUCUUGGCAGACUUUCCCGUGGUACAAGAAGUGUAAAGGCUAAUAGACAGGGUAAAUUAGAUGCACAACAAUCUGCUGAUGGCAUUGCCACAUAACUUUGGGGGAUUAGCCGAAUUGACGGUUCUCAAUUUGGUGCGUAGCAUACUCCAGCACAAGUGAUGGAUGCAGCUGCUUUUUAAAGCCUUACUAACUUUGAAUGUGAUGAUCAGGCUAAUAACAAGCUGAGCAAGGGCGCCCUUAGCAUUAUUUGCCAAAUAUCCAGUUUGGUAGAUCUUAAGCUUGCCAAAAACGGUCUUGAAGGAGAACUUGAUUCAUCUAUUUCCAGGCUUACCAAUCUCGAGAUCCUGGAGUUGCAGGAGAACAAUCUUGAGUAUUUACCUUCGUCGCUUGGACAACUUUCGAAACUCCAUGUUCUCAACAUUUCCCACAACAUCAUUCGGUCCAUUCCGUUUGAGUCCCUCCUCCGUUGCCAAUUGCAUGAGUUGACUGCCUCGAACAAUAAGCUCAAGGGAACUUUAUUUCCCCGCGAGGUUACUCGGCUCGACUCUUUGCACUCUCUGGAUGUCCGAAACAACCAUAUCUCCGUCUUCAGCGAGGGUGUCGUUCUCUCUUCCCUUCAACAACUUUUUGCUACCAAUAAUAGUCUCACAUCAUUCCCUCCUGUUACAGGAUGGGAGGAGUUGUUGGUUUUUCUUGUUGAUUCCAACCGCCUUGACUCACUACCCGAUGGUUUAGUUGGUCUGCACCGAGUUAGGACUAUCGAUGUUUCUGCGAAUAAUAUCAAGACAUUGGAUGCAAGAGUUGGAAUUAUGGAGGGACUGGAGGUGCUGAAAUUUGACGGAAAUCCGUUGAGAGAGAGGCAACUUUUGGGAAUGAGCAUCGCCGAUUUGAAGCGAACUCUUAAAGGGCGUUUAGCUCCGCCCGAGAUUGUCAUCGCGAAAGCAGAAGACGAUGAUCCGACAGUUGUUGACGACUCAGCUGGUAGCAGGCCCCAGGCCAUUUCUGAGAACUCGAAAAUCUUGGAGGUUGGGAGAGGCGGCGCGCUAGACCUGGCUUCUAAGAACUAUGAAGAUCUUCCCAAGGAGUUAAUGGAUACUGUCCGGGGAACUCCAAGUAGUGUUUCUCUUCUGCAUAACAGGCUUACCGCAUUCCCAUCGAGCCUAGAGAUAUUCGCGCUUGGGUUGACGAGUCUCAACAUUGGUCAUAACAAACUCUCGGGAAAUUCAUAUUUCCCGAAUAAAAUGUCUUUAACAUCGCUUACCACCCUCAUCCUCCAAGCCAAUAGCAUCACUUCUCUACGACCGUUGAUAGAGAACUUGGACGCACCAAAACUUGAUACAUUGGAUGUUUCGGCAAACCGCCUCACUUCUAUCGAAGGGAUCAGGCCAACUUUCCCGCAUCUGAUUGCCUUUUAUGCGAGAGAUAAUCAGAUUACCGAGAUUCCAGUGGAUUCCGUCGAUGGAAUAAGGAUACUUGACCUCAGCAGCAAUGCAAUUACCAGCUUGCCUCCUAAACUGGGAACACUAAGCAGCAUCCGUGAGUUGAGAGUUGGUGGUAAUCUUUUCAAGGUUCCGCGUUGGCAGGUUUUGGAGAAGGGGACGGAGAGUGUUAUGCAAUGGCUUCGGGGAAGAUUACCUGUUGAUGAGCAAGUAGAGUAGUUUAUUUGUACUGGGUUGCGGAUCAUAUCGAACUAAAGGCGCAGGUUGGGGUGGAUUACCAUAGAAAAAAAGGUUUACAAUAGGGCUUAGGAGAAAGGUUAUUAUAAAUAGGUAAUAUGGUAUCACUGUAAUCGUAAUAUUUUAAUGCAACGUCUGUCGUCAUUCU